AUGUAUCUGACGGUCGCGAUUCUUGCUCUAUUGGCAAGCAGUGCGCAUGCGCGAAAGCCGAACAUCCUCAUCCUGCUAGCAGACGACAUGGGCUACGGCGACCUCGGUUGUUAUGGCAACACUAGUGUGCGCACGCCUAACAUUGACAGCAUAGCGCGGGACGGGGUCAAGAUGACCCAGCAUCUGACGGCCGCUAGCACGUGCACGCCCAGUCGCUCCGCUCUGCUGACCGGAAGAUACCCAGUGCGGACAGGCAUGGCCCCUAAAGGGAUUAUGCGCGUGAACCUGUGGCCGUAUUCCACUUCCGGUUUGCCCGAGUCCGAGGUGACGAUCGCAGAGAUAACGAGGCAGUCCGGAUAUAGGAACGCGCUGAUCGGCAAGUGGCAUCUUGGUCUCCAUAGAGACCGCUUGGGCGACCACGCCCACCACCCGCUCAACCAGGGCUUCGACCACUUCUACGGACUCAUAGGUACCAACUUGGACGACUAUGGACACGAGUUCAAGGUCGUCACACUGAUGCGUCCAUACUGGUACGGUCAGCUUUUCUCCGUCUGGGCCGUCACCGUCACCGCUCUAGUGUGCCUGCUGAAGUUUCGUUACGUCGGUCCGGUGACGUUUCUACUAGCGUUCAUGUUCUGGACGCUGCCCGUGUACGCCAUCUACUUCCUUUUCGACAACAUGGAGCUCUUCACGAGCUUCCUAUUUCGAAACCACCUGCUUGUUGAACAGCCAAUCAGAUUGGCGGGUUUGAGUCAGCGUCUUGUGAACGAGGGACUCGAGUUUAUGCGGAACGCUACCGACAACGACCUGCCAUUCCUCCUGGUGAUGUCGUGGGUUCAUAUGCACGUGGCAAUAGAAACAAGCAUGGAAUUCCAUGGUAAGAGCUGUCUCGGUCGCUAUGGUGACGGCUUGCAGGAGCUGGACUGGUCGGUGGGGGAGAUGCUUCGGGGACUCCGGGAUGCCGGUGUCGAGGAAAACACUCUCGUCUACUUCACUUCCGAUAACGGGGGCCACCGUGAGAUCGGCGCAGACGGAGGAUACAAUGGGCGCUUAAAGGGCGGCAAAGGUCACGGUGCCCCUGACGGUGGCAUCCGGGUGCCGGGAUUGAUGAAGUGGCCUGGAGUUCUGCGUACCGGCGCCGUAACCGACGAGCCGACCAGCCAGAUGGACAUCAUUCCGAUAAUAGCCGACGCCGUCGGAGUCCCGCUUCCUGUUGACAGGAAGUACGAUGGGAGAGGAAUCUUGCCACUGUUGAAAGAGAAAGUUGCUAUAUCGCCACACGAGUUCUUGUUUCAUUACUGCGGAGAUAAACUGCACGCUGUAAGAUACAGGCCUCGAACUGGUCACACGACAUGGAAGUAUGUCACGCACACACCGCCUCUACUUCCGGAAAGGACCACGUGCAGAUUUAUGUGCAGCUGCAACAACGCGGUCCGAUUAGCCACUCCAGAUGUUUACGAUAUGACAUCAGAUCCUUGCGAAACAACGCCCAUCAAACCAGAAUCAAAAAUGUAUCGGGAGAUAUCGGCCGCUGUAGAGAGCGCGAUCCGAGAGCACGUGAUCUCUCUUGACCCCGUGGAGAGCCAGUUCCGGUGGGACCGCCUGGUCCCUCGCGUCACGUGGCAGCCGUGCUGUAACGGAAUAUUUCCAUUCAACUGCGACUGUGUGGAUAAGAAAUUUGAAAACUCGAAGUCAUAA